AUGAUCAGAAAUGUCAACCAGAAAUGGAAACCAAAGCAAAUGGCAAUCAAAGAUGAGAAGGGAGAGGUUUUAGUGGACAGGGUAGAAGUAGAAACCCUACAGAGGUGGACAAGUUAUUGUUCUGAACUAUACAAGGAAACAUUAGAUACAGAUGUAUUAGAGAAUCUAGUAGCUGAAUUAAGGAAGAUAUUUCCACCAAGUGUUGAAAAUGAAUAUGAUAUUAUAAGGAAGAAAGUUGAAAGGGCAGUGAAAUGGUUAAAAGACAAUAAGGGACAUGACAAAAUUACAGGAGAAAUGAUUAAGCAUGGAGGCGAAAGCUUAAUUGAUGAGAUACACCAAGUGUGCAAUGAGGUAUGGAAACAAGGAAAGAUACUUAAAGAAUGGGCAAAAUCAGUAUUGGUGGCAAUACAUAAGAAAGGCAGCAUGUUAGAGUGUAAAAAUUAUAGAACGAUUGCUUUAACAAGCCACAUAGGAAAAAUUCUGAUGAUGAUCUUAAAGGAGGGACUAAGUAGUUUGAUGGAAGAACACUUAGCAGAUGAACAGGCAGGUUUCAGGAAAGACAGAAGUACAACACAGCAGAUACUAACAUUACGGCUAUUAGUUGAAAAGACAAGAAAGCAGAAAAACAUCUAUUCCUGUUUUGUGGACUUUCAGAAGGCAUUUGACAGCAUAGACCAAAAAUUCACCUUGGCAGUGCUAAAAUCUUAUGGAAUGGAUCAUAACUAA